CAAGAAGACCCCUGGAAUUGUGGAGUUGUCGACAUCGAUCAACAACAUCAAGUCCGUCACCAUGCUUCUCAAGGCCGGAGCGGACCCGAAUUGCAAGAAGGAUGGUGUCUGGACACCGCUCUGCACAUCGAUUCGUGAUAACCGAUCUGAUAUUUUCCACUUGCUUCUUAACAAUGGAGCUGAUCCAAACCUUUCAUCAGCAGAGUUUCCCGCGUUUAAGUGCGUCACGCAUAACAGACUGCAAUACCUACAGCCUCUCGUAGAUGCCGGUGCCAAACUAUCCCAACCCAAGGGUAUUCUUGAGACGGCUGUGCAAUUCAACAACGUCGACGCCGUCAAGUGGCUGAUUGCUGCCGGUGUCAACCCCAACGACAGAGUCCCUGUGACCGGUGCGACGGCACUCACCACCGCCAUCAAGAACGACAAUGUUGAUCUUCUCAAUUUGCUAUUGGCAAGCGGCGCCGACCCCAAUGGUCGUGGCGAGGACUGGCCUAUCAUUGUUGCCGUCAAACACCCGCAGAUGCUCAAGAGACUACUGCCUUGCAUCGCAGAGCCUCGCGCCUUCAAGGGUAUCAUGGAGAUGGCCGUCGUAGCCAACCAACUCGAAAGCAUCAAGAUGCUUCUCGCAGCCGGCGUCAGCGUCGAGGACCGCAACGGCGGUGUCUUCAGCCCGCUGACCACAGCCAUCCGCGAACGCCACAAGGAAAUCGUCUACUACCUUCUUGACGAGGGCGGUGCAGACCCUAACUCACCUGGUGAGCACUUGCCCAUCAUCAAGGCGCUCAGACGUAUGGAGGGCCACGACACUGAGAUUCUCGGUCUGCUGUUGGAAAGAGGUGCCGACCCCAACAAGGUCUACCGCGGACAUAACGCCAUCAUCCAGGCCUUGGAGAACGGCGAUGAUCAUAUUCUCAAGUUCAUCGUCGACCGCUGCGUGGUUGACGUCGAGGCUAAGGACGAGUUGGGUCACACAGUGGCAGAGAUUGCCAACACCCGUGGUUCUGAAACGACGUGGGAUAUUCUGAACGGAUCAUCGUAGGCCGAUGGUGAAUGAUCUUUCCUUCUUGUCACACUUUAUUCUGUAGUCUUUUGUUU